AUGGACUCAAAGGCGGUAACACCAGAGCAAAAUCCUUUUUACGCUUCGGGGCCAUCAGGAAAAACCUAUGCUUCCGUUGUCGCCGCCGCUGCAGCCGCCAGUAAGGAGGGUGUGGCUGUGAGUAGUGCGAAGGAGUUCGAUUCCUCAUCCGAGGCCGUGUCUGGAAAUUCGGAAAAGGGUAUUGUUGGUGGAGCCGAUAAUUUAUCUGACACCGAGAAGGAGAAGGAGGAGAAGUCGAGUUUGGAGGCUGGAGGCGAUGGAAAAAUUUCCGACGAGGGGGAUUCCUUGAAGGAGGAUUCCGUUACCCCUGAGGCUGCUUCAUCGUUAUCUCCGAAGCCAGAUGUUGUUUCGGAGAAAACAAUUGGAGAAGAUGGUGUUGGGGUUACCGAGGAGAACACGAAGGUUGAAGAGCGUGCGGAUGAUAUUGAAAACGAUGGUGAGACUAAGCUUGAGAAUGGGAGCGUUGAUGUUGGAGAGAAACAGCCUUCCAGGGAAGAGAUAGUGGAUGAGAAUCUGGAGAUGGAGAGGGAGGAAAGUGGGGAAGUUGAGAAUAAAGUGAAGGGUGUGGAAGAAGAAGCUGUUGGAUCAAAAAAAGAUGAGGAGGUACCAAGGGGAGAUGGAACCGAUGAGGAGGAGAGUGAGUUGAGUGGAAAAGUUGAUGUUGACGACAAAAGGGAUGAUGUUAUCGAAGAAGAGGGCGAGAAGUUAACUAAUAAAGGAGACUUCUCUGUGGACUCGUCCACUAUAGAAUCUGUGCAUGUUGAUGUGGCGAAACCAGGGGUGGCUGUUGUAGGGGAGGUAGAGGGAAGUGAGGAGAUGAAGAUUAAAGCCGAUGGUGAAAAUCUUGAAGUGGCUAAUAAGUUUGAUCAGAUUGGCGAUGAUGAUGGUGGUGGAUUUGACCUUGAGUCUGACAAGGCCAUUGAGGGGGUAGAAGAAAAGCUGGCUACUGGAGCAGACUCCUCUGAACUAGAAUCUGCUGAUACCAAUGCUGCAGAAUCAGAGGCUGUCGAGAGUGGAACUGAACCAAACGAUGUGGAAGAAGGUAAUGGAUCGGAGAAGAGUGUGACUUACGCUGAAGUAAUAAAGGCAGAUCGUGCAGUAGCUGACAAUGGAACCAAAGAGGAGGAGAGUGGGUUCAGUGGCGUAGUCGAUGAUGAAGAAGAGCGUGUGAACAAAGCAGACUCCGUGGUUGACUCAUCUGUUAUGGAAUCUGUGCAUGUAGAUGUGGCAAAGCCAGGGGUUGUUGUUGUUGGAGACGUAGAGGGGAGUGAGGUUCUGGAAACUGAUGGUAACAUCGCCAGUGUGCAUAAUAAGUUUGAUCCAGUCGGCCAAGUGGAAGGUGAUGGACUUGAACUCCAAUCUGAUAAGGCCACCGAGGAGGGAGUAAAGAACUUGACUAGCGAAGGAGACUCUAAUGUGAACUCCUCUGCUGUGGAGACUGUGGAUGCGGAUAUCAAUGUUGCAGAACCAGGUGUUGUGGUUGUCGGGGUUCCGAAGGAGGCUGAAACCAAGGAGGAUGAUGAUGGCGCUGGUGAGGUUGACAAGGCCAUCCCAAAUAUUGAGAAAGCUGAUGACCUUACUGCUGCAUAUGAUGGAAAUUUUGAAUUGGCCGCUAAGGAAACAUCAGAGGCAGUCAGAGUAGAGCCUGACGAACCAAAGGUAGAUGUGAAGGAAGAAGAAGAAGAUCUACCUGUUUCUGAAAGUUUAACUGUAAAAGAGGAUUCAAAGCCAGCAGCUGAGUCACAGUUUGAGGCAAACUCUAACCCAGAGGUCCGCGAAGUUUCUGAAGGGGACAAUGCUGAAGAAGGUGGAAGUAAGAGCCCAGUCGCAGACAUUGUUUCUUCUCGUGAGUUUAGCGUUGAAAGCAAGGAAGUGGACCAGGAACCUUCUGGAGAAGGUAUUAUCGGGGUUGAUGGGUCUGAAAGUGAAGAAGAAACGGAGGAGAUGAUAUUUGGGAGCUCUGAAGCUGCAAAACAGUUCUUAGCAGAGCUGGAAAAGGCUUCUGGUAUUGAGGCCCAUUCUGAUGAAGCUAACAUUUCAAACAAUAUGUCGGACAGGAUUGAUGGCCAGAUUGUCACCGAUUCUGAUGAGGAUGUAGACACCGAAGAUGAAGGUGAGGAGAAAAUGUUCGAUUCUGCAGCUUUGGCGGCACUUUUGAAGGCAGCCACUGGUGGUGGAAGUUCAGAAGGUGGCAAUUUUACCAUAACAUCCCAGGAUGGUACGAAGCUUUUCUCCAUGGAUCGCCCUGCUGGUUUGAGUUCAUCUUUAAGGCCUCUGAAACCUGCAGCAGCUCCACGUGCAAACCGUUCCAACAUCUUUUCUACUCCUAAUGUCGCAAUGGUUGAGGAGAGUGAGGUUAACUUGAGCGAGGAAGAGAAACAGAAAUUAGAGAAGUUGCAGAGCCUCCGUGUGAAGUUUUUGCGGCUUUUGCAAAGGUUGGGGCAUUCAGCAGAAGAUUCAAUUGCCGCGCAGGUUCUUUACCGUCUUGCAAUACUUGCUGGGCGUCAAACAGGGCAGUUAUUCAGUCUUGAUGCUGCAAAGAAGAAGGCUGUAGAGUCUGAGGCUGAGGGAAACGAAGAUUUGAACUUCUCUCUAAACAUACUGGUCCUUGGAAAAGCUGGGGUUGGAAAAAGUGCUACGAUAAACUCCAUUUUGGGAAAUCCGAAGGCCUCCAUUGAUGCUUUUGGGCUCUCAACCACUUCGGUGAGAGAGAUUUCUGAAACAGUGGGUGGGGUCAAGAUUACCUUUAUUGAUACCCCGGGUUUGAAGUCUGCUGCGAUGGAUCAAAGUGCAAAUGCAAAAAUGUUGUCUUCUGUAAAGAAGGUAAUGAAGAGGUGCCCCCCUGAUAUUGUUCUCUAUGUGGAUCGACUUGAUACUCAGACCAGGGACUUGAACAAUUUGCCCUUGCUAAGGACGAUUACUGCUUCUCUUGGUACAUCCAUAUGGAAAAACGCCAUAGUGACAUUGACCCAUUCUGCUUCUGCCCCUCCUGAUGGCCCAGGUGGCAGUCCUUUGAGCUAUGAUGUGUUCGUAUCGCAGUGCUCACAUAUUGUUCAACAGUCUAUUGGGCAGGCUGUUGGUGAUCUACGUGUGAUGAACCCUAGUCUGAUGAAUCCAGUUUCUCUUGUUGAGAAUCACCCUUUGUGUAGGAAGAACCGGGAGGGAGUGAAGGUUCUUCCGAAUGGCCAAACUUGGAGACCUCAGCUGUUGCUAUUGUGUUACUCCCUGAAGGUUUUGUCAGAAGCAAAUUCUUUACUGAAACCUCAAGAGCCUUUGGACCAUCGUAAAGUAUUUGGCUUCCGAGUUCGAGCCCCACCUCUCCCUUACUUGUUGUCUUGGCUGUUGCAGUCCCGUGCACAUCCUAAGCUCCCUGCAGACCAAGGUGGUGAUAGUGUUGACUCUGAUAUCGAAAUUGAUGAUGUGUCUGAUUCUGAGCAGGAGGAUGGGGAAGGUGACGAGUAUGACCAGCUGCCACCAUUUAAGCCUCUGCGAAAAACCCAACUUGCAAAACUCUCAAAGGAACAGAGAAAGGCAUAUUUCGAGGAGUAUGAUUACCGGGUAAAGCUCCUGCAGAAGAAGCAAUGGAAAGAGGAAUUGAAGAGGAUGAAGGAAAUGAAGAAAAACGGGAAGAAGGUUGGUGAAAGUGUGUUUGGUUUUCCGGGUGAAGAAGAGGAUCCGGAAAAUGGUGGUCCAGCUGCAGUGGCAGUUCCAUUACCUGAUAUGGUCUUGCCACCUUCAUUUGACAGUGAUAACUCAGCUUACCGAUACCGUUUCCUGGAGCCCACUUCACAGCUCCUAACCAGGCCAGUUUUGGAUACCCAUGGUUGGGACCAUGAUUGUGGGUAUGACGGUGUCAAUGCAGAACACAGCCUUGCUAUAGCAAGCCGGUUCCCUGCCACAGCUACCGUCCAAGUCACCAAGGACAAGAAAGAGUUCAAUAUUCAUCUGGACUCCUCGGUGUCUGCUAAGCACGGGGACAGUGGAUCCACCAUGGCAGGGUUCGAUAUCCAGAAUGUAGGUAAGCAGCUUGCAUAUGUGGUCAGAGGAGAAACGAAAUUCAAGAACUUGAGGAAGAACAAGACGACUCUUGGAGGGUCAGUGACAUUCUUGGGCGAGAACGUUGCCACUGGUGUCAAACUGGAGGACCAAAUAGCUCUCGGGAAAAGGUUUGUGCUUGUGGGCAGCACAGGGACCAUGCGAUCACAGGGAGAUUCGGCCUAUGGUGCAAACCUCGAGGUCAGGCUUAAGGAAGCUGAUUUCCCAAUAGGCCAGGACCAACACUCGUUAGGGUUGUCUCUGGUGAAGUGGAGAGGCGAUUUAGCCCUCGGAGCCAAUCUACAAUCUCAAGUCUCUGUUGGAAGGCACUCGAAGAUAGCACUUCGUGCAGGGCUUAACAACAAGAUGAGCGGGCAGAUCACAGUCCGAACCAGCAGCUCGGAUCAGUUGCAGAUUGCUCUCACGGCCAUUCUUCCAAUUGUUAUGUCCAUCUACAAGAGCCUUCGACCAGAAGGGGUGAAUGACAAGUACAGCAUGUACUGA